AAUCACCAUAAUGUUUCCUGAACGUCGAUGUCCACUGACGAGAUCUUCUGUGUUUGUAGAUCACAAGCUUCACUCCUGAAAGCCUGGCUGGGCUCCUGAAGUGUCAACUAUCCAGCAGAAGAAGUUACUCCAAGGAGAUCUGGAAACUCCUUUUCACCAAAGCAAAUGAUGUUCUGGACGGAGCCCUCGUCAUCUUCUCCAGCACAGCGGCAAAUAUGUCUCAGCCAAUCAGAGGUGAUGUCGUGUCCCAAGUGCUGGAUGUGAUUGGAGAGCUGAGACUGGAGCGCAUCAGUCCUGACCAAUGGAGUGACGUCACUUUCAUCAGCAUGUUGUUGGGUCAAUAUCUGAAGCCGUUUUUACCGUUCGCAUCACCAUCCCUACUGCAGUGCACUAGCAGCAAAAACCUCAACUGCCAAACUUACCAGCACAUCCUGUCAGAGGUCACACUUGUCAAUGAGACCCAAGGAAGAAACAUGGCGGACUUCUUCAUCCUGGCCUUCCUCAGAAGAAACGCAACAGAUGCGGGCUGUGUGUCGACUGCUAACAACAGCGCUGAGUGGCUGCAGAAGAACUUUGGCUCGUUCUCUCAGUUCGUGUCUCUCAGAGAUCUGCUCUCCAUCAACGGACUCUUUAAUCCCUUGGAGACCCUGGACAAUCUCACUCCAAAGCAGGUGGCUGGACUGAUGGCUGAUAAUCUGCCUGGUCUUCCAGAGAAGGAAGUCAUCAUCAAUAGAGUGUUUGAUCAUCUGCUUGUGUCUCCUGUGGAACGAGGACUUCCUGAUGUUCUCCAAAACCUGCUCUUAAUCUCACAGAUGACCAUUAUUCCGUGCAGCUCCUACAUACUGAUAUUUCAGAGGCUGUUUCAGGCUUUACCUUCCCUGCCGACAGAGAUGGAGACUCUGGUCUUCCACAUAACUGGAGAACUCAAGCAGAAUGGAGCAAGAGACUGCUCACUUCCUGAACCUCCAACAUGUUUGAUCACACCUGUGAAUGCUACCAGAGUUUGUUCAGGAGUCAACAGUAACGAGACUCUCCUGUCCGCUGGACUCGUGAGCGCCCCCUGUAGUGUGGACCUGCAGCAGUACGCUUGCUCUUCGAUCACAAGCUUCACUCCUGAAAGCCUGGCUGGGCUCCUGAAGUGUCAACUAUCCAGCAGAAGAAGUUACUCCAAGGAGAUCUGGAAACUCCUUUUCACCAAAGCAAAUGAUGUUCUGGACGGAGCCCUCGUCAUCUUCUCCAGCACAGCGGCAAAUAUGUCUCAGCCAAUCAGAGGUGAUGUCGUGUCCCAAGUGCUGGAUGUGAUUGGAGAGCUGAGACUGGAGCGCAUCAGUCCUGACCAAUGGAGUGACGUCACUUUCAUCAGCAUGUUGUUGGGUCAAUAUCUGAAGCCGUUUUUACCGUUCGCAUCACCAUCCCUACUGCAGUGCACUAGCAGCAAAAACCUCAACUGCCAAACUUACCAGCACAUCCUGUCAGAGGUCACACUUGUCAAUGAGACCCAAGGAAGAAACAUGGCGGACUUCUUCAUCCUGGCCUUCCUCAGAAGAAACGCAACAGAUGCGGGCUGUGUGUCGACUGCUAACAACAGCGCUGAGUGGCUGCAGAAGAACUUUGGCUCGUUCUCUCAGUUCGUGUCUCUCAGAGAUCUGCUCUCCAUCAACGGACUCUUUAAUCCCUUGGAGACCCUGGACAAUCUCACUCCAAAGCAGGUGGCUGGACUGAUGGCUGAUAAUCUGCCUGGUCUUCCAGAGAAGGAAGUCAUCAUCAAUAGAGUGUUUGAUCAUCUGCUUGUGUCUCCUGUGAAACGAAGACUUCCUGAUGUUCUUGACCUGCUGUAUAUUUUCUCCAUAGCGAGUCCAUUCAGCUGUCAAACCAACCAGAUAAUCUUCACGAGGCUGGAGCAGAUCUUGAGCUCAGGAGCGGGUGAUCUGGAGCCCAUCAUCUGGACGAGUGUUUAUAAGUUCAGCCGCACAGCUCCUGCAGACUGCGUUCUCCUCCCAGUUGUGAAUGAGUGUCCCGUGACUCCAUUUAACGAGACUCGGGUGUGCAGUGGAGUGGACAGUUCUGCAUCACAGCAGUGCUUGAGCAGUAGACUGUCGUGUGACUUCAAUAUCAUAGUACACGCGUGUGCCCCGGUGCUGAAUGUGAGUGUGGAGUAUCUGGUCACACUACUGGACUCUCAUCUGUCUGUGGAUGACACGAGCUCCGCUGAGAGCUGGAAACUCCUCCUGACCAGAGUCUCACACCUGCUGGACGUCGCCCUCAUCCAGCUCUCCAACCAGGUACAAAACGGACUCAUUCCUGUCUGUGUCCACUUCUCAUUCAGAACACGUCGGUGUGGUGGAGCAGCAGCUCUGCUUCAGUGGUUCUGGACGUCCUGCGGGAGCUUCGGCUGGACAGACUCGGAUGAGAGCGCCGUCGCUCAGUGGCUCGAUGAACACCUGCGGCCGUUCCUGCCGAGGGCAUCCGGGACCUUCCUGCAGUGCCUGCGCAGCCAGAACUUCAGCUGCCAGAGCUUCCAGACAGUGGUUGGAGCGUUCGAUGCAGGAUUUCUCCACAUGACUGACUUUCAGCGCCGAACAGCCGUGUCACACUUCAUCAUCCCGUUGCUCUCGAGAGCAGGUGCGGUGUGCGUGUCCAACGACAGCUCUCAGUGGCUCAUCAGUAACUUCGGCCAGUUCUCUGCUCUCGUUCCUCUGAAUCAGCUGAUCUCGCUCAACCCGCAGUUCAACCCGAUGAGCGGCCUGCUGUAUCUCUCUCCAGAGCAGCUGGUCGGCCUGAUGUUUGAUGAUGUUCCUGGUCUUCCAGAGAAAAGUGUGGUCAUCAAUGCCGUGUUCGAUCACCUGACCGCAUCUCCACAGAGAGAGAGGAUCGUGUCCACGCUUCCCAUCAUGGUGGAGUCAUCAAAGACGAGGAACGUCUCCUGCGCGUCAUAUCAGAUCAUUUUCCACCGUCUGGAUCAUCUGAUGGUCAGCGUGCCGGUGGACCUGGAGUCAGUGAUUCUGAGGAGUAAAUCAGCUCUUCUUCAGAACGUGCCGCAGGGUUGUGUGAGCUCCAGCAGACAGUGUGGCGCCACACCAGUGAACGAAACGACAGUGUGCGGGAGCGUCAACAGUUCUGCUCUGUCGGCGUAUCUCGGCUCGUCUCAUGAUGGCAGUCGGCUCUGUGAAUUCGGCAUCACACAGUACGCUUGUGCAGGGUUGACAGAUCUGAGCUCACAGGACCUAGCGACAGUGUUGUCAUGCGGUCUCAGCAGGAAUGAGAACGUGUCCGAGGAGACGUGGAAGCUCUUCACGCAGAAGGUCAACCCUGUGCUGGGUCCAGCGCUCGACCUGCUCGCCAUCACGAGGCUGAAUAAGUCCCGCCCUGCAGUGUCAUUCUUGAAUGUGAUUGGAGAGGUCACUCUGAGCUCCUUCAGCUCCACCAAUCUGAAAGAUGAUUCGUUCGUCCAGCGCUGGUUUAAUUCUAGGCUCCGCCCAUUUUUACCCCACGCCUCCGAGAUGUUCCUGUCCUGUCUGUCCACCAGAGACUUCAGCUGUGACACCUACAGGAGCGUUGUUGGGAGCUUCAGUCAGAGUUUUGACAUCAUGUCCACUGACACACAAGCUAAUGUCUACGUCGACUUCAUCAAAGUCUUCCUCUCUCAGAACAGCACUGCAGGGUGUGUGAACGUCUCUCAGAGCAGCGGUGAUUGGCUGAUCAGCAGCUUUGGACAUUUCUCUGCUCUUACCACAGUCACUGACCUGCAGACGCUCAACCCCAGCUUCAUUGACACUCUGGGUCUGCUGAGCUUGAGGCAGUUAGUGGAGGUGUCCAGCUCUCCUGGAUUCCUGUCCAGCGCCGCUGCGGUCAACAAUCUGCUGCUCUACGUGCCGGACGCUCAGUUCACUGCGUUCUUCUCAUCACUCUCCACUACGUUACAGAUGCAGAGCGUGGUUCUCCCGUCCCCCGUGCAGGAGGCGUUUCUGCAGCAGGUGUUUGACAGGGCCAAUCUGACCACCUUACCAGACUCUGAUCUGCAGAUCUGGAUCCUGAACAUACUGCCUUCCUUCGUAGCCAACAUCACCGUUCAACACGUGACGUCCUACUUCAGCGUCGUCCAGCAGAGACCCUGUCCCAUCAGCCAGCAGGCGGUUCAGCUGUUGAACUCGUCCAGCUCCACCUUCCAGCCGGAGACACAAGAUCAGAUCUACCAGCUGAUCCUCGGCUCUCUCACAGGCCCUGCCCCGCUGCGCUGCUAUGCUAACCAGAGCUACUACGCUUUCCUGACCUCCUCCUUCAUGAGUUUCCAGUUCCCCAGUCUGACCACCUUCCUGUCACUGAUGCCGCCGGCUCGCGUGCCAGAGCUGAUGGAGUCGAUGUCCCCAGCGGAGGUCAGCAGUCUCCUGAACCGGCCCAAUGCUGUGGAUGAUGUGACCCAAAUCUGCCCACUUUUCAGAAUUUACCCAAAAACGCCCCAGUACUUACAGACGGAGCCGCUGUUGCCCGACGGUUUGGCCCGGCAGGUGUUGUCCUGCGUCUGGCCUCAGGUUCUGAAGGUGGAAAGUCAGUCUGAGGUGAAUCAGUGGUUUGAUCUUCGACUCGUUCAGUACCUGCCUCUCCUCACCUCACAGUUCAUCGCUCCAGACGUCAUGCGAAACGCCUCCUGUCUCGCCUUCAAGAAGUUUGUUUCAGCAAUGGCUACAUACAACUACACCGCAGCUGAGUUUUCUCAGAGCGACAUCUACGACACCAUCCUGGUCUACCUCAACUCCUCUUCUGAUUCAACUCCGAAAUGCUAUAACACCUCCAACCCCGAUCUCAACUCCACCGCCUGGUUCGCAGACUACAUCUCCGUCUUCUUGAGCUUCAUCACACUGGACGACCUCCUCAAGUUUGGCUCGAUUAAGCCGUUCCUAGUGAACCUGGAGAACCUGCAGCUCUUCAGUCAGAUCAGCGUUCCUGAUGACGUCUUGGAGUACUAUGUGACUCUGCUGUUCGAGAUGAAUCCGUCCUUCAGUGCCUACUAUCUUCCUCUGAAGUUCCGCUGCUUGGCUCCUGCGAGCUCCUUCCUUCAGCUGAGUCCGGAGCAGCUGAAGAACAUCUCAUCCAGCAUCCAUCAGAACUGCACUGACGUCCUACCUGAAGUGUCGGCGGCUCUGGCGAGUAACGCGGAGGUUCUGACGGUGAACGCCAUCGAGGCUCUGGGUCAGUCGUCCACGGGUUUGAGCACGGCUCAGAUCAGCGGCGCCGGAGGGGACGUGCUGCUCGAUGCGCUCACUGUGCUUAAACUCGUUGAGGGCUGGAACCUCGAUCAGGCCAUGAUGAUCAUCCAGACCCUGCUGUCGUCUGGAGUUUACCAGAUUAAUAGUGUGGCCAGUCUGCAGAACUUGGGUUCGCUGAUCAUCGGUGUUCAGACAUCAAUCAUCAGCCUAAUCUCGGGAAAUAUCUUUCUUGAGGCAAUUAAAUCUGAAUUGUUCGUGACCAACGUCAUCGGCGCACCUGUUAUCGUCCAGCAGACCAUCGUCAGCCAGAUCAUCUCUGUCAGCAGCUCGUCCGACAGCGUCAUCACAAACGUUCCUGACCUCAUGGCCACAGAAAUCCCACGCGUCUUCCUGCUGGGCGUGUCGUCAUCAUCUGCGGCUGCGCAGACCGUCAACCAGAAGAAAUGGAAACACGAGCAGGCCGUUUUGAUCUUUGAAACCGUUGCUGCGCAGUUCAGCAACCCGGAGGACAUGUCUUUCCAGGUGCUGCAGGGCUUCACCUGUUCACGAAUCCAGAGCUUCAGCUCUAGUAAAGUCAUGAAUCUGAUCCGCGGCUGCAAACGACGAGCCAAUCAGACGCUCGUCCUGCAGGAGUCACAGCUGACCUGCAUGUAUCACUACAUCAAGAGCGCCGAUCUCGCCGCCUUCUCCCAGUAUCCCGCUGAAGUGCUCGUCUAUUACAACUACUCGAUGAUCAACAGAUCUCUGUGCCGCUCGUAUUUCUCCUCUCUGGGAACGGCCAGCUUCUCUGUUCUGUCCAGCACACUGUCCUUCAAGAAGCAGACGCUGUUCAACAACGCCAGGGACUGUCUGGGAAUCUCAGGCUUCAGGAUCAGCCGGGAUCAGCUGGAUGUUUUGGGCAGCAUGUGCUGUUUUCUGAGCGGUGAUUACAUCCAGAGCUCGGACUCGUAUGUGCUGGAGAAACUCAAGCAGUGUGUGGAUCUGUCGGCUCAGCAGAUCUCUGCGCUGGAGAGCGUCCUGCUGGGAGGAAACACCAGCUACGGACCCUCAGGCAGCUGGGACAGAACCACGCUGGAGAACCUGGGCCUCCUGCCGCUGUACCUCACCGCCAACAUCUGGAGCAAAUUCUCACAGGCCAACAAGCAGAGGUUUCUGAAGACCUUCAUUCGUGACCUGAAGAAGAAUGAUAAAGCUUCAGAGAUGAAGCUCCUCAACAUGAUGAACGAGGUCAACAAAAUCUCACGAGUCAGAAUCAAGAGAUCUGCUGAAACAGCAUGCACUGUGGGACAGAUCCAGCAGACUCAGGUGUACAGUGACAUGUUUCCGUUUGCGUACGACGUGCUGCAGUUUAACGCCUGUUUGAGCGUCCAAACGCUGAAGGACAACCUGGAGGCGGUGACCGAUCGAGUUUACGAAAGGAGCUACCAGCGGAUUGUCCUGGACAAACUCAACCAGGCGUAUCCGGGCGGACUGUCUGAUGGGGUGCUGCAGGUUUUAGGCCCCGCCUCCCGUGCGGCCACACCCGAUGACGUCAGAAAGUGGAACGUGACGAAGAUCGACACGCUCUGGUCUCUGAUGAACCAACGCAACGGAGACUGGGACGCAGAGAUGGUCCAGCUGCUGGUCAGUAAGUAUCUGAGUGUGAAUGGAAACACCCUCGGCACUAACGAGCUGAACGCGCUGGGAGGAACGAACCUGUGUGCGCUGAACACGAGUGUGCUGAACAGCAUCACGGCCGCCAGCGUGGAGCGAGCUUCUGCUUUCUCUUUGACCAGCUGCAGCUCAGAGAAGAAGUCUGUUCUGUUCAGUAUCGCUCAGAACGCAUUCAACGCUACAAACACACGCAGUACAAACACUGUCAGCAUCACGACAUACCAGCUGCUGCAGAACUACCUCGGUGGUGCUGAUGUGACGUUCGUUCGUACUCUUGUGAACUCCAGUGUGAACAUGGACGUGCUCACAUUCAUGAGUCUGAAGCAGAGCGUCAUCAACGUGCUGAUCGUGCCUGAGGUGAAGAGUCUGUUGGGUGUGAAUGUGGCCGAUCUGAAGACGUAUGAAAGCGCAGCACAGAUACAGGAGUGGAUCGGGCUUCAGCUGCAGUCGGAUCUGGACACGCUGCAGAUCGGUGUGACGGGCGGCAGGAACUCCACCGUCAGCGCCACCACUACCAGCAGCAGCAGCACUAAAGCACCGUCAGCCCAGACCAGCACCACAGCUGCUGGAUCCAGAGUCUGGUCACCUGUCUGUCUGCAGCUGCUCCUAUUGGCUGUUACCAUGACGACACUGAAGCUGCUGCACUGAUGACAUCAUCUCUGUACUUCCUGUCUCUCGUAUUUAAAGAGUUUCUGCACUUUAACUUUCAAGAACUGACAUGAACUAUUUCUGUCUGAAAUUAAUUAAUAAAUCAAUCUGGAUUGCUGUGGUCACAUCUGCCUCGAUCAUGUGACGUUAAAGAUUUGACGAUGAAGUCUCAAAAACCUCUCUAUAAAUAAAAGUUAGAAAUACAGUAGUUUUUGUUUUACAUGAGAGAGACAGACUGAACCCUCCAUGAAGAUCAACACACUGAAGCUCAGGUUACUCCAGGAGAACUCAAAUUGUAAUGAAUGUAAUGUAAUACUUUGUAUUGAUAAAAGUAUGCUUGUUAUCCUAGUUCUCAGUUUCACAUUUAAUCCUAGAUUAUAAAUAUUCCUAUUCUCUCUUUUUAUUACUAGAUGAGUUUUAUUUCCUUCUCUGCAUAUUCUUUUCUAUUCUUUAUAUUACACACACCAUACUGAACUCUACUGUGUGAGUAGAGUACUGGUGUGAAUUCUAGCACACACACAGAACUGCGCAGAACUGAUGAUAGUUUUAGGCAAGCAACUGAUGAAGAACACCACAUCCAGCACUCACCUCUUACAGACAUUGGCAUUGACAUGGUCACUUGUUUCCCUCACGAUUACAUGCACCUGGUUUGUCUGGUCUCUUAGACUUGUGGAUCAGCACCAUUGGUCCCUUGCACUGUCGCAUAUCAUCCAUUCAAGCUUCCAUGGUGUCAGAUAGACUUCUUGCACUGAGAAGCUACAUUCCAAGUGAGUUUUCUCGAAGGCCUCGGGCACUGGCAGAUCGAUGUAGGUGGAAAGCAACAGAGCUACGUCAGUUCUUGUUAUACACUGGUCCAGUUUUGCUGAACGGUCUUCUACAGCCUCAAAUCUACGACAACCUCAUGCUUUUGUCUGUAGCUGUGUACAUUUUGGAAAGUCCAAAAUUUAGUAUGGAGAUGAUUGACUUUGCAAAUACUAUGUUGCUUUCAUUUGUUGGACUCUAUGGCCAGCUUUAUGGUGAAGAGUUUUUGGUUUACAAUAUUCAUGGCCUGGUGCACUUCAGUGAAGAUGUCAAAAUCCAUGGCAAUCUCGAUACAAUAUCAGGUUUUCCCUUUGAAAAAAAGGCUUCAAUAAAUUUACAUGACAGA